UAAAUCAUGUUUUUAGAAAAUUUCAGUUCAAAUAAUGUAGAAUUGUUAUAUUUGGCAAAUUAUGCUUUUAUUUUGUAAAAGUCUUCUCUGUCCACUCUUGUUCCACGUCACAUCCGCCUCUACAAUCCCCCUCGGCUGCUCUCGCGAGACUUCCGCUGCAGUCAAGUCUCGCAGUGAUGGCUGCUCCUCCCGACGCGGAGACGCUGGAGUCUCGUAUCAACAGAGCUACCAACCCGCUGAACAGAGACACAGACUGGAGCAGCAUCAACGCCUUCUGUGACCAGCUCAACAAUGACUCAAAGGGACCUCAGCUGGCCACCAGGCUCCUGGCCCACAAGGUCCAGUCUCCACAGGAGUGGGAGGCCAUGCAGGCUCUGCUGGUUCUGGAAACGUGUAUGAAAAACUGUGGGAAAAGGUUUCACAGUGAAGUCGGCAAGUUCCGUUUUCUGAAUGAACUCAUCAAAGUAGUUUCUCCAAAGUACCUGGGCUCACGGUCACCAGAGCCAGUGAAAAACAAGGUUCUGGAGUUAAUCUACAGCUGGACUUUGGGGUUACCUGACGAGGGCAAGAUCACAGACGCUUAUCAGAUGCUGAAGAAACAAGGUAUAAUUAAACAAGACCCAGAGCUUCCUCCUGACAAACUACUGAACCUUCCUCCACCCAGACCCAAGAACGCCAUUUUUGAGGAUGAGGAGAAGUCAAAAACGCUAGCUCGUCUGUUGAAUAGUUCACAUCCUGACGACUUGAAAGCCGCCAACAAUCUUAUCAAGGAAAUGGUCCAGGAGGAUCAGAAGCGAGCAGAAAAGGUGUCAAAGCGGGUCAACGCCAUUCAGGAGGUGAAGGAGAGCGGCGCUCUGCUGACUCAGCUCCUGCAGGACUACGACAGCACAGCGAGCAAUCCCAGCAAUGAUGAACUCGUACAGGACCUGUACCAGCGCUGUGAGAAGAUGAGACCGACACUGUUCAGACUGGCGAGCGACACAGAGGAUAACGACGAGGCUCUGGCGGAGAUCCUCCAGGCCAACGACAGUCUGACUCACGUCAUCAACCUCUACAAACAGCAGGUGAAGGGGGAGAUAGUAAAUGGCAACAACACAUUAAACACUCAGAAACAAACAGGCGGAGGGACAGCCCUGCUCGAUCUGUCAGGGUUGGACACGUCACCCCAGUCGCCGCCAUCCUUCCCAGAAUUUCCCACUCCGACAGACGGCUUCACCGCCCCCACACAGGAGAUGGGGAUAAGUCUCCUUGACGACGAGCUCAUGUCCCUCGGUUUAAGUGAAGGAACACACACCUCCAACCCUCCUGACGACUCCACGGCCUGGGACUCCUUCCAAUCUUCUGACAGCAUAGAGGCCGACAUCCCUGCAGCACCAAGUCUCCUCCUGACUCCGGACCCCCCCUCCCAACCUCAGCCCCUGUCAUCUGGCUCCACCCCGGUUAACUCUGCCCUGGACGAGCUCGACCUGCUGGGGAAGACGCUGAUGCAGCAGUCCCUGCCUCCAGAGGGGCUGCAGGUCAAAUGGGACAAGCACCAGUCCAAACCAACACUAAGAGACCUCCAGAGCAAGUCUGGACCCAACAUCACCCCAAACCCAAUCCCAGUGUUCUCCUCUGAACAUCCUGCACCGCUCCUCAACUCCCCCAUCCUGGGAACGACGUUGCUGGAUAUUCUACAAACUCAAACAGAGACGCCUCCUGCUGAAAUCACCCUGACUGAUGUUUUUGUACCAUUAGAAUCCAUUAAGCCCAGUAGUCUGUUACCUGUGACCGUGUUUGACAAACACAGUCUGCGGGUUCUCUUUCAUUUCGCCCGUGACUCGCCUCCAUCUCGCCCUGAUGUGCUGGUGGUGAUCAUCUCCAUGCUGUCCUCGGCCCCCGCCCCCGUCACCGACAUAAACCUGGAGACGACAGCUCCAAAGUCUAUGGCAGUGAAGCUGCAGCCUCCAUCGGGCACUGAGCUCCCGGCUUUCAACCCCAUCCUUCCUCCUGCAGCCGUCACACAGAUCCUGCUGCUGGCAAACCCAAACAAGGAGAAAGUGCAGCUCCAGUACAGAUUGACCUUCAGCUUGGGGGAGCAGGAGCACAGCGAGAGCGGCAGUCUAGAACAGUUUCCUUCUCCGGACACGUGGGGGAAUCUAUAGCAUUUGAACACAACCAGACAGACUCUGCCUUCACACUGAAGCUUCCUUCUAAAAACCAACCCGACACUCAACUUUUCCUCUCUGCUCACUUUCUUUGCUUGGUAUUUGAUUGUUUUCCCUGGAUUACGCUCACGCUCCGUCUGUGUAAUGUGCGUAUGCUUUGCUCUAAAUGAGUCGUGUCUGUUGUUUGUGGCGGCUUCAAAACAAACCUGUAACUGCUUCCCCCCCGAAGCUGUUGCAGUCUUGUCAUCUUUUUAACAAACAGUGCUGAGAAAGAAGAAAACAACGACGUGGGGAUAUUUGACAACUUAGUUUGCCCGAUUCUUUUGUUUGUUUUCUUUUUUCAGCCAAGGCACAGAGUCAAUUAAAAGUUCUGUUUACGUUUCUCUCUGCUUGUUCUGCAGACACAAUGAAACACAAUGCUUCACACAAUCCAGAACACCAGGAGGGAAGUAAUGAGCUUUACAUUGACGCAGCUCUAAUCUUCCUUUCAAAACAACUGUACACAAUCACACCUCCUUCUCGUGACGUCUGUUUUUGUGAUGAGUGAAAAGUUCUUAACACGUUUUCAUUUGCACAGAGAAUGUUUUUCUUUUUCUUCUUUCUUUGCGUUAGCUUAUAUGUAAAGAACAAAAGAUUAUGUAACAUCAGAGUUGUUUAUUAUCUGCCACAUGUGCCUAUUUUGCAGUUCAAACUUUAGCGUUUAGUCAUUUGGAUGGAUUUAUUUUUUCCAUCCGUUUACUUGUCAGUCAUAUUGGUUCUGUAGUUUGUCUGCAACUUUAUAACCUUAAAUUGUUAAUAUAUUCAAAGUGUUCAGUGAUAUGAAAGUUCAAUUUAGUCAAAUCUUUACUUAAGCUGGAGGUUGAGGUUUAUGAUUUAAACAUAUGCAAACUGAGCUGCACACGGGUGCUUCUCCUGCUCAGUGUCUCAAACAUGACCAACUCUCUGCGAUGCAUGUCGGCUGCCAGAACACCUCCUCCCCCACAGCUCCCCAACCACGGUCCACUGCACUAAUCUCCAAUAUGACGGCCUUGUAAAUACCAAUGAUGACAGUUCUGUUGUGUACAAUUGACUUGUGCAAUGUGCAAGAGCAUAACAAUGGUAAAAAUAUUCCAAAUGGCUAAUAAAGUUUUUUCUUGGUGA